CCCAUAUUGUGGCUGGAGCCAGCAGAAUGAUAAAAGAAACGGCAGAGACCGCUUGGGGGUGGGCUGCCAGAAAGCCAGGAGGAGAGUAAAAUGAAAGGAAGUCCUGCGUUUACAUGAUUCUAGCAUGUUUUGAAGCACGGAGAAGAGCCGCGUUGCCUUCCAAGUGGCUUCUCAGCUUCACCCUGAGCAUCUUCCCCGUGAAUCAGGACCGGCCACCAGACCCACCAGAGCGUGGAGCCCUUCCGCCUUAGCUCGCCAUGCGGGAAGUCGUCCCCCUCAAGCUUUUGGCCCUGGGCUCCUUGUUGGCCGUCUUCUGGGCCGAGGGCAACCCACGGAGGGCCGCCGAGGGGGGUCCCCGCCGGCGGUCCCAUCGAGUGCAACAGGGGCGCUGUACCUACACCUUCGUCCUGCCCGAGGCUGACCCGCCGCCCUGCCAGCACCCUGGGGACACCUUCAACAUCAACACUCUUCAGCGGGAUUCCCCAGCCAGCCCUUCGUUAAGGAUGGAUGAGGAGGACCUCUCGGUCCAACGUGUCCAGCAACUCGAAAGAGUCUUGGAGAACAACACCCAGUGGCUGCUGAAGCUGGAGAGCUACAUCCAGAUGAACAUGAAGUCCGAGAUGGUGCAGCUCCAGCAGAACGUGGUGCAGAACCAAACGGCCACCAUGUUGGAGAUCGGCACAAGCCUCUUGAACCAAACAGCUGAGCAGACCAGGAAGCUGACGAAUGUGGAGGCUCAGGUGUUCAACCAGACCUCCCGCAUUGAGAGCCAGCUCCUGGAGAACUCCCUGUCCACACACAAGUUGGAGAAGCAGCUGCUCAUGCAGACCAAUGAGAUCCACAAGCUGCAGAACCGAAACAGCAUUUUAGAAAUGCGCGUCCUGCAGAUGGAGACCAAGCACUUGACCGAGAUGGAGGUGAUUCAGACAGAGAAGGAGCAGCUUCAGGAGCUGGUGGCUCACCAGAGCCGAACCAUCGAAGGCCUGGAGACGUUCUUGCAUGACGCCAACGCCAGCACCAGUCUGCUCCAGCAACAGCAGCUGCAGCUCCUGGAAUCGGUCCAGAAUCUGGCCCAGCUGGUCUCCCAGGGCAAAGUUCCCCCAAGGAAAGAAGACCGGCGAUUCCAAGAUUGCAUGGCAGUCCGCCAGUCUGGACUCAACCUCAGCAGGGUUUACGCACUCCAUAUCAACAAUAUGACGGAACCAAAAAAGGCCUUUUGCGACCUGGAGACAGAUGGAGGCGGGUGGACGGUCAUCCAGCACCGGGUCAAUGGCAGCGUCAGUUUUCAAAAAACCUGGAAAGAGUACAAACAGGGUUUUGGGGACCCCGCAGGAGAAUACUGGCUGGGCAACGAGGCCGUCCACCUGCUGACUAGCCAGGGCGCGUAUUCGCUGAGAGUGGAGCUCCAGGACUGGGAAGGGAAUCGUGCCUUCGCUCAGUACGAAAAAUUCCGACUGGGGAGUGAGCGCCAGCGGUACAGGCUCUUUCUGAAAGGCUACGCAGGGACCGCCGGGCAUCAAAGUGGCCUGCCCCUCCAAGGGACCGGCUUCAGCACCCGCGACGCGGACAACGACAACUGCAUGUGCCGAUGCGCCCAGAUGCUCUCUGGUGGCUGGUGGUUUGACGCCUGCGGCCAGUCCAACUUGAAUGGCAUCUACUAUCCGGCCACCCACAAUCUACGGAAACUGAACGGGAUCCGCUGGCAUUACUUCCAAGGGCCGGGUUACUCGCUGAAAAGCACGCGGAUGAUGAUCAGGCCUUUGGCCAGCCGUGAAGUGGCCUAACAGAGCCUGGCCGGUCCCCCUAACUGGAGGGAACCAUCCUUGACCUACGCCAAAGGGGUCUUCGGCUUUUGACGUGUGGCCACAGAACUAUGGUGAACUAUGAGGAUACCAUGAAUUUACACCUGCUUCAGAGAGAAAAGGGAGGGGCUUUCGGGUUUAUUUUUUUGUACUUCCAAGGAACUCCCAAGAAAAGGCAGAAAGGACUGCUCUAUUUCUGUACGUUAACAUCUAAACCUGACCUUUGGCCGGGGGAAAACAAACUUAACUGUAUAUUUUUCGAAUUAUAGCUUGUCUAAACUCAAGAGUAAUCUAGAAAGACAUUUUACAGUUCAGACUUCUUUUGAACAGAGACCUGCCUAAUCUCUCCUAACUCCAGUUACAUUUCUGCCACUCUGAAAUGACAUGCUCUGAAUCGUUUGUACCGUCGUUGGCCUUGCUCAAUCGGAGCAGCACCAUCGGCUUUGGAAACCCUCGGUACACUUUAACCCAGAGCUGCAGAUAAGAAAGGGCCUUUCCUGCUAAGGAAGCGAGCGGCUGCAUGCUCGGAACAGACAUUUUGUCAAGAGAAAAGACCCAGCCGAUUUGACAAAUGCAAUCCCUACAAAAAAGAGAGAGAUCCCUGUUUUGCCACUCCCCGGAUGUUGUUCUUGCAGAAAGCCGAAAGGGGUUUCCUUGCCUGCAUUCUGUGUCAUUGUCUUAAAUUGCCAAGUGUCUUGUGAAUGAAGCUCCCGCUUCCCACUUUCCAGCUGACUUCUUGGGAUCCUCCUAUUCCUGCAGGAGAAAAUAACCAUGUGUUGUUGUUUUUUUAAUGUGUCCAGGAAAGAUCCAUGUUGUAUUCCUGUUUAACUCAUGUUUUCUGUGGACCGGGACAGAAUGAAGAGUAUGGCAGGUCCCCCCUCCAACAGAUUUUGUCCAUUUGUUCUUUAGGGUCUGUUCUGCUCUCUUCCUGAAUUCUAGUUUUCUGGAAAUGAUUUCUAGAAGUGAUUCUCAGAACUAAAGUGUGUCGGCAUCUUGGUGUGCGCUGAUAAAACCCUUCCCCCAAAAUGCGCGCAGCACCAGCAGCGAUGAGGUCGGUGUGAUUAUUAUGUACCGUUGCACCGAGAUUCUUUGGAUGCAAUGUUUUACGGAUGCUCGUGGAUGCUCCCAGGUGUUAAUAAAAUUCUCUAUGCAAAU